UUCAUAUUCUCUCCUCUGUUAAAGUCAGUCUCUCUCUCACACACACACAAACACACACACAGAUUCUCAAUGUAUAUAUAUAUAUAUAUACCAUUCAUGCAUUCCCAUAGCUUCCUUAGAGUAAGGGAGAUUCAACAAAAUAUAAUGAUUUAUAAAAUGGGCUCUCUGUAUAAUCUUCUAUGGUUAUCUUUAUGGCUUCAUUUGGCCAGCCAUAGCUUAAAAACUGUGGUUUCACAGGGAAGCACUGUUGAAGGCACUGUGUAUAUAAAUGGAACAGUCUCAAUUGGUAUGAUAGAUGAAGACUUCAUUUGUGCAACUUUGGAUUGGUGGCCUCCUGACAAAUGUGACUAUGGAACAUGUAGUUGGGGCAGAGCUUCUCUUCUCAAUCUGGAUAUUAGCAACCCAAUUUUAUUACAGGCAAUCCAAGCUUUUUCUCCCUUGAAAAUAAGAUUAGGAGGUACUUUGCAAGAUAAAGUAAUAUACCAAAGCAGGGGUGAUCAACAACCAUGUACUCAGUUUGUUAAAAAUAGUGCACUGAGGUUUGGCUUCACUAAUGGUUGCUUACCCAUGUCCCGGUGGGACGAACUGAACAUUUUCUUCAAAAAGGCCGGAGCUAAGAUCAUAUUUGGAUUGAAUGCGUUAUACGGCAGAACAAUUGGUUCGGAUAAUUCUGUUGUGGGAGCUUGGAAUUCCAGCAAUGCAGAAUCUCUUAUAAGAUAUACUGUCAAUUCGGGCUAUACCAUCCACGGCUGGGAGCUUGGAAAUGAAUUGAGUGGAAGUGGAAUUGGAGCAAGUAUUACAGCUGCUCAAUACACAUCAGACAUUACCUCUCUCCAAAAACUGGUGCAGAAUGUGUACACAGGGUUUCAGGUUAAGCCUCUAGUCCUUGGACCAGGAGGGUUCUUUGAUGCUACUUGGUUCACUGAAUUUGUAGAUAAAACACCCAACUCUCUUCAAGUGGUUACACACCACAUUUAUAACCUUGGUCCAGGUGUUGACGAUCACUUAGUAGAAAAAAUACUCGAUCCAACCUAUCUUGAUGGUGGAUGUCAGCCCUUCAGAAGCCUUCAUAACAUUUUAAAGAAUUCUGGGAGUUCGACGACAGCAUGGGUUGGUGAAGCUGGAGGAGCUUAUAACAGCGGCCAUAAUCUUGUCAGUAACGCGUUUGCUUUUAGCUUUUGGUACUUGGAUCAGCUUGGAAUGGCAGCCUCUUAUGAUACCAAAACAUAUUGUAGACAAACACUGAUAGGAGGAAACUAUGGCCUACUCAACACUACUACCUUUCUUCCAAAUCCUGAUUACUACAGUGCUUUGCUUUGGCACCGUUUGAUGGGAAGAAACGUUCUAUCAACCAACUUCACGGGGACUAAUAAAUUACGUGCUUACGCUCACUGUUCAAAACCAUCUCAAGGAAUCACAUUGCUUUUGAUCAAUCUAGAUGGUAAUACUAUAGUUCAAGCUGGUGUUUCAAUUGCAAAUGCUACAACAAAUCAUGCAUCAGGAAUGCCACAAAUACACCUAGGUCAAAGAACAAAGUUUGCUCGGAUACCUCGAUAUGCUAAAAUCAGUGGAAAUACAAGAGAAGAAUACCAUUUAACAUCAAAAGAUAAGAAUCUGCACAGCCAAACAGUGCUCCUAAAUGGGAAGAUACUCACUGUAAAUUCUUCUGGGAUUAUCCCUUCCUUGGAACCUAUAUACACAAACCUGUUUGACCCAAUAACCGUUGCUCCUUUCUCUAUUGUAUUCAUUCAUAUUCCUAUUCAUGUUCCUGCCUGUAAUUAGAAGUUUGCAUAUAAUUAUUAGAUUUGGACUUUUUUUUUUUUUUUGGCAAUUUUUUGAGUUUCUUAAAGAAAAAAGUGUUUGAAGACUUUCAUUGGUCACUCUGCAAGAAGUGCAAUAUAUUUUAAUUUUGUCUUCAAAUU